UACAAUAAAAGGAAGCUCGGGAAUUCGAACCGUGUGUUUGCUGCAAUGGAAAUUGGCGGGGGAUUAUUCCUUAAAUCCUUCAUCGUCUUCCUAAAACCCUCAAACUCUCUUCGAUGCAGCUCUUAGACAUGAAGUCCCUCAGAACUAUUUUCUAUUCUCGAAAGCACUUUCUCAUUUCCUCAUCUUUCUCUUCUUAUAAAACAUCCCCCAUCUCCUGCCGGUCUUCCCUCAGCCCUAACUCUUCCCUCUUUCACUACGCCCCCCGUUUCAACACCGCUCACCUUUCGACCGAUGCCCGGAACGGCGAUCCCCUCGCCGGUUCCGGUCCAGAAAAUGAAAAACGUCGCAACGUUUGGUCUCUUUACGGCUCCGUUUCGAGUAAGCUUACCACUCAAAGGGUCGGAAGCAGUAGCGAUGGAAAAGAGCCCGAACAGAGCCUUGGAGUUCUAAAUGGAGAUGGGGCAGAGGAUUCAUUGAACGAGAAGACUUCGGAGAGUGUGAGGAAAGUGGGUUUAGAUGAUAAGUUGACUUGCAAGACGAAUUCGGGGAAGCUUGCGGGAUUGAAGAAGAAGAGUAAAGUUUCUUGGGUUUGUUCGGACUGUGGGCAUAGUGAGGGGCAGUGGUGGGGAACUUGUCAGUCCUGUCGAAAGGUUGGGACAAUGAAGCAGUUUUCAGUGGGGAAUGAUAGUGAAGGGGGGAGUCGAACAUGGCUUCCAAAGCAGGUCACUAACGUGAAUCCUAUGCGGUUAACAGAUGUGAACCGAGGGAUCAAUGCUCAGGAUUGGAGACUUCCCUUGCCUGGUCCCUUCGGAAAUGAAGUGGCAAGGGUGCUUGGUGGUGGGCUGGUGCCAGGUUCACUUGUUUUGAUCGGUGGUGACCCUGGUGUUGGCAAGAGUACAUUGUUGUUGCAGCUGAAGGGUGUGGCGAAGGUGGAUCAAAAUCCGUUGUUUAUGUCUCUGGGGAAGAGGACUCUUGGUGAGUUCCUUCCAAAUUCAUGUACCAAUGUCCUUUCGCAGAGUGUGGAGCAAAUUGGAAAUAGAGCAGACCGAUUGAAGAUUCAAACCGAGAAUCUUUUCUUGUAUUCAAGUACUGAUGUUGAGGAUAUAUUUGAGAAGAUUCAGCCUCUAUCUCCUAGAGCCUUGAUCAUUGAUUCUAUUCAAACAGUUUAUUUGCAAGAAGUAGCUGGAAGUGCUGGAGGGAUUACACAGGUGAAGGAAUGCACCUCAGCCUUUCUCCGUUAUGCAAAGACAACCGGCAUCCCCAUUUUAUUGAUUGGACAUGUGAACAAAUCAGGAGAAGUUGCUGGACCUCGACUUCUGGAGCACAUUGUGGAUGUUGUACUGUAUGUGGAAGGAGAGAAAUGCUCGUUGCAUCGGCUACUACGACCAGUGAAGAACCGAUUUGGAUCAACAGAUGAGCUUGGAGUAUUUGAAAUGUUGCCAUCAGGACUGGAAGUGGUGUCAAAUCCAAGUGAGAUGUUUAGAAGGGAUCACAAUGGAAAUUUAAAUUCAGAGCAUUUGACAGGACUUGCUGUUGCAGUGGUCAUGGAUGGAACUCAAACCUUCCUGCUUGAAAUUCAGGCAUUGUGUUCGUCCAGUUCCUCCUUUGUUACACACGUUAAUGGGAUUCAAAACCGCAGGGCUGAUAUGAUCAUAUCGGUUCUCAUGAAGCAAGCUGGGUUGAAGCUACAAACAAAUGCCAUAUUUAUAAAUGUUGUGAGCGGGGUGACAUUGACAGAGACUGCAGGAGAUCUUGCCAUUGCUAUGGCAAUUUGCAGCAGCUUUUUGGAGUUUAACAUUCCAAAUGACAUUGCAUUCAUUGGUGAAAUUGGCCUCGGCGGCGAGCUUCGCAUGGUGGGUAGGAUGGAGAAGAGGAUCAAUACUGUGGCCAAAUUGGGUUUCAAAAGAUGUGUAGUACCCAAGUCAGCUGAAAAUUGUUUAGGAGUGGUAGGGUUGGGCAAGAUGAAGCUCAUAGGUUGCACAAAUUUGAAAGAUGUUAUCAACAACGUUUUCAUGGUAAGAGAUGAAGUUACAACUCCUUCAAUGGCUAGUUUUUAGUUUUGUUCUUUUUUGGCAUAAAGAUACAACUCCUUCCAAAAUGAAGUGGAUGUACAUAAAAUGUAUCCUUUAAGUCAUUCAAACAAGAAAAGUUGAUUAGGCCAGGCAAGUUAUUUACUUGAUGAAAAUUUAUGACAGUUCUUAUAUUGGCAUGAAUUUAAUUGCAUCAAUAGUAACUUCAACGUUAUUUGGUCA